GGGAGAGAGAGAGAGAGAGAGGGAGGGGAAAAGCCACACGGUCAAACUGAGCUUUAUCUAUCGCAGCGGGUCAUUUAACAAGAGCCAUUUGGAGCCAGAGGCGACCCGGAGCGCGCAGGGAGCCGCAAAGCCAGAGGCAAGAUCAUCAUUAUCUGAGCAGAGCAAGUCACAAUCACAGAGGCCAGCAGCAGGCAAGAGAGCACAUUGCUCCACAUAGGGAAGAGAGAGAGAGAAAAAAACACAGACACGGAAGAGAAGUGAGUGAAAGAGAGGCUGAGUGAGGGACGGACGGCACACUUUUAACUUUUACGCGUAAGAGAGGGAGAUUUUAAAAAAACCCCAAAAGACCAAAGAGUGAAACUAAAGUGGCCGGAGAGUGUUGGUUGAAGAUGCCGCGGGUAGUCCCGGACCAGAGGAGCAAGUUUGAGAAUGAGGAGUUUUUCCGCAAGUUGAGCAGGGAGUGUGAGAUUAAGUACACUGGGUUCAGAGACCGACCCCAUGAGGAGAGACAAGCUCGCUUCCAGAACGCCUGCAGGGACGGACGGUCAGAAAUAGCCUUUGUAGCGACAGGCACCAACCUCUCACUCCAGUUUUUUCCCGCCAAUCUCCACGGCGACCAGAGGCAGGUUCCUACAAGGGAAUACGUCGACUUCGAAAGAGAGACAGGAAAGGUCUAUUUAAAGGCUCCUAUGAUCUUGAAUGGCGUCUGUGUGAUCUGGAGAGGCUGGAUCGACCUGCAGAGGCUGGACGGGAUGGGAUAUCUGGAGUAUGAUGAUGAGAGGGCGCAGCACGAGGACGCUUUGGCUCAGGCGGCGUUCGAAGAGGCUCGACGCAGAACCAGAGACUUUGAGGACAGAGAUCGAUCACACAGAGAGGAUCUGGAGGACCCUGUGGUUUCUAAAAUCUGGGACUGAUGACACACAGACAGACAUCCAGCAGAAAAGAACAGGUCCAGACGACAGCAGGACCCCAGCCCUGGCUCAAACAUGGCCAACGCUGACGUGGAACACAAGAUGCGCUGAGGAGGACGAGCACGAGGAAGGAUCAAGAGUAGAAAAAAGAAAAAACAGAGCCAGCAGGCCAUUCACUCUCAACUCAAUCAACGGAAAAAGCAAAGUGAAUCCGCAAUUGUAGACCAAUUGUUCCCCAUUACUUCCUAACAGGUUUGAUAUGAUCAUUUCCAUAUGCCAAACUUCUUCUUUUUUCAAUAUUUGAAUGUAGAAAAAAAACAAACUUCGUGAAUUGAUUGAGUUGAAAGUGAAUAGAAGCUGCAGAAAAAGAAGGACAAAAAAGACCUGGACAAAAAGUAGACAGAUAUAUGUAAAGCAGCAUGAUUUUUUUCUAUGUGUAGAGUUGGAGUUUUUUUGAGUCAAAUGCCAGUUUUCAUAUAUAUAAAGGAAAGAUUGAGUCAUUAAUAUUCAAAAGUGUUGACAUUUUUUGUCCAGGUCUAAAAGGAUUUGAUGGCUAGGGGGUAGUUUCAAGUACCAAAAUAUAUAUUCUAUUAAUACAAGAUGUUGAAAAUAGAGGGAGAGGGGUUGUAAAGGGGGUGUAGAUGUCACUUAUGGGGUGAGGAGGGUGAGGAGGAGAGGCAGAAGGAGCAGAGAAACGAGAGAGAUCGUUGUGGCUCAGGGUCACGGUCAGGGCUUAGCAGCAGAGCAUGCAUCAAAAGUGAAGUGUUGACAGUUUGUGGGGGGGAAAAAAGAAGAAUUCUGCAUUGUUCAGUGCUGUGCAACGCUUCACAUCUGCUAACGUGCUCUUUGCUAACCCCUGCUACACCUAGCUCACCUCCUAAAGCCUGCUGUUUUCUGAGACCAAAGUUCACUUUGCUGGAGAGGGGAGGGAGGGAAAAACUUUAGUUGCAUUUAUAAGACAAAAGCACCCGGAGAGGAUAUUUCAUCAGGUUAUAGGGUUGAGAUGUGUUUGCUGUACUUCGAAUUUUAAUUCACCCGCUACAGUAGAAUCACAGGUUAUGUAGCAACAAAGACGAGACAUUAAACAAAGAGAGAAGCGCUGCAAAAUCUUUGGCUCUGGAAGGGGGAAUAAUGUGGUGUCUUAGUGGGGGCCUUUAUUCAGAUGUCCAUUGUCUUCCUUGGGGUUUUGCACUAUGUGAAACAAUCAGUCUUGGAUUUUUCUUCAUAUGCAUGAAACCAAACGCAGGCCUACCUAUGUUCUUUGUUGCUCCCUAUGCAGCCUAUUUAUCACCAGAGCACUCUUUACAGCACUUUGAUGAGGAAUAACUGGGUUUAAUCAAAGCUGUGGGUUCCCAAACAGCAGCAAGCUUGCAAAUGCAAUGCUUUUAUGUCCUAACAGGACAUUUCCAUCUUUUAAUUUAUUCCUGAUGUCAAUUUGAGGAUGCAUUUGAGGACACAAAAUACCAGUAAAGUUGCCUUUUGUGUCUGUAAACAUCUGAACAAAAAAAUCAAGUGUUCUUUAUCUUUGAAGAGGUAAUCGCAACAGAAAAACCAUGUCUCUACAUUUGGAGAUUUUUAAUUUUUACAUCUUCCUUAGUAGGAAAAUAUGUUAUAUAAGAUAACAUCAGUGGGGAAAUUUGCAGUGUUACAGCAGGAAAAAUGGCGCAAACAUUGAAGGAAUGUAGUACAAAAACAAAAAAAUACACCAAAAUAUGCAUAAAGUACUAGUUCUAAAAAAAUAACUGUAUCCCACUUCAUAAGCUAAAUAACACAUUUUAAAACCAUUAAAUGUUCCGAUAAAUACAUGAUUGCAAAGGUGAAAACAAGAAUUUUGGUUUCUUAGCUUGUAAAAAGCUAAUACUUUGGAGAUCCAUAGACAGCAAACGCAUCUUCCAAACUGUUUAAAUGGAAAUCAGCCAGUGUACAAGGACACAAACUAAAAAGAAAUGUUUGUAUCACUCUAAACAUUAAUAAUUGAUCAUCUCAUCUCAUCUCUAUGGCACAGAUCCAGUUUAGUUACAGAAUCCAUCCAUCGAUGACCCAGCUGUUCCUCAUCUUAAAGGGUUGUAAACCGACUAUUCCCUGUCCUGUUACAGCACUAGUGUAAUGAAAUGGUAUGUUUUGUUUGUUUUGUUGCCUUUUCAUUUUGUUUGUGUGAAAGUCAUGAUGUUUACUUUUUAUAUUACUUCUUCACUCCUGUACAUGUAUUCGUUUUGUUCAUCUUUGGGCUUCCUUAUGAACCAGUAGCAGCAGCAGUGGUUAGGCUUUAUUUUAUGAGAAAUGCAAAAAUGUCUCCAGAAAUUUGGGAGGUUUCUCGGACUCUUGAUGCUUUUAUUUUUCAUGUGUUCUUUUAUUAAUGUUGUUUCUAAGUUUUUUGUUGUUUUUUUUUUUUUUUUUUUUUUUUUUUAGGAAAUCCACUUCCUGGGUUAUUAUUAUAAAACACUGAAUGUGGAUUGACUCCAGCCCUGUUAUCAGGCAACAUGAAUAUUUUUAUAUUUUGCAACUACAAGCUUGUUUCAUUUUUCCAGUAUGUUUUUCCAUUUAGUGCACUCAGCGGUUUUAUUAUAAUUAUUAUAACCAAGAAAAAAUGUUUUUGUUCAUGCCUUUCUUUCCGCUCAGUCUGACUUAUUAAGAACUGUAUGGAGCUAAAAUACAAAAACUGAUGAUUUUUUUUUUUUUACAUUGAUAGCCAUGUGUUUUUAAUAUUUUACAAGACGUUUUGCCGUAAAUAAAUGUUGUUGCUAGUUUAAAUUAAAAUAAAAAGUGAAAAAAUAAAUGAAAACUCAGAUCUUAGGAUGCAAACAAUCUAAAAGGCUCUUUUCUUAAUCAGAAUUUUACCAAGGUUUCUUCUAGUUUUCCUGGCAAACUGGAGCCAAAUCAUCAAGCUCAGGGUGCUACAACAACAAAAAAAUCAUCCUGACAUUCGGAUGCAACAAGUGAGGGAUUAAUUGGGUUAAUGUAAGGUCUAACUGGCAACCUGAAUGUGUGUUUUUUUCCACAGAAAUUUAGGAGAACUUUUCAGAUUGUGCUGAGUCAGCUUGCCUUGUGACUUGGUGUUUAAUUAGUACAAGAAUGUGGAAAGCGUGCUUUCAUUUGAGGGACGUUUGAACUGUAAAAUGAGGUGGGUUUAUGUUGUGCGGGCUCAGUUUGAUGUUGUAAUGUUGAAAAGUUCAGCUGAUGAGCCGUGAAAUGGUGUUUAAUACUGAGAAAGAGGUGAAUAGGUAGAAGGACGGAGGGAGCGUGGAGGUGGUCGUGGCACAAAAUCCAUGUAACGUUGGUUAAAGCUGUUAUACAUGUGAUGAUGUUUCAGUGAGGCUGGAUGCAGUGUAAGGAGGCAUAAAGUGAAGAUUGUGCUACAAUUUACGUCUUUGUUGUUGGUUUAGUGGAAAUUGACAGAGCAUUGGAUAUAAAUCAGUGCAGUAAAAUGGCAGGCCAGAAAGUAAGUUAAAGCAUUACCACAGGCGGACAAUGUGCAAAGCUUUUCAGCCUUAAAAUGACUGCAGUUUAUAUGAUAACUGUUGGAAAUGUGCUGCAACUCUUGGUCAAAGCUGGAAAUAUAUCUUUAACAGAAUGCUCAAGUUAAGUAACAUUACCGUGGGUGUGAUUGUAAAUGACAAACUAAGCCAGAUUUUGAAGCUGUAAUUAGAAAGUGACCACAGUGUCCCCACUAAACUCACCCAGUGUAAAAUUACACCCAUUUAAACACCUUAGAUGAAGUCCAUCCCUCAGUUUUCUUAAUGCAGGCAUUAAGGCAAACCAUAAACCACAAACGUUUUCUUUUUCUUCUUCUUCUUUUUUGUUUUAAACCGAAGCUGUUUAUCUUCUUAUUUGUUUAAGUUAUUUAUACUUUAGAACAACUCUGUGAUAUUUAGUGGCCUGUGCACACUCUUUAAGUUUCUUCCUCUCUAUGCGUGUGGUCUGUGUUCCCCUCUGUUUUCAAUUUGUCCUCUCGGAGGAAAUCUGAAAUACGAGAUAUUCGAUUCGAAAUGUUGGAUGUUUUUUCAUAAUAAACAUGUAUUAAUUCUUGUA